ACAUACCACUCCACCAUGUCAUCAAGCGACGACAUCCGUCCACGCUCCGUCGAACUCCUCAUCGCCUCACUGCAGAGUGCAGCACCGGAUUCCGAUCCCAAGCAACUCUCCCAGCUCGCCUCAGAAAUCGAAGAAGCCCUCUUCCUAGCCAGCGACAGCGAUUCAGGCAAUACCUACCGCUCUUCAAUCAGAGAUCGAUCCCUUGUUCUUAAAAAGGACAAUCCUGGCUUGGCAAAAGAGCUACUCUCCGGCUCAAUGACAGCGCAGACUUUCGCUACGGCCUCACCGCAAGACCUCCGCAGCUCGCAACAAGCGGCUGCUGACAGUCAAUUGGAACAAGACCAUCUCCAAGAAGCAAUGGCCCCUUCUGAGCCAGAGGCUUUGAGCGAGCAGAAGAGCAUGGCAGAGACGAGACCGCUGGAGGAGGCACAGCCUGGCGCCCCCAUCGGAGAGGACGGGACGGCUCUGGGCGAGGAGGGCGAGUUCAAGGAGCGUAGCCAACCGAGAGUUGGGAGGGCAAUGGAAGGUGUGGAGUUUGAGACUGCUGGGGUAUAGAGUAGAUUGGGGGAAGAAGCGGGGGACAGCUCUGUCCUUCACGUAGGGAGGGCACGAGUAGAUAUCCAAUUGCAAUGAGACCUUCGACCGGGUAUAUGCGUACGAAUCCCUUCCAAUCGACCGG